AUAUAUAAGGAUAUAUCCAAAACCUUCACCACAUCAUCAAUCAAACUAUAAAUUUUAUUAAAACUUCAAUCCAUUAUCUUCUUUCCUCUAAAAUACCAAAUCGAGAAUCAUAAUGAAGAGCAAAGCAAACAAGUUCAUGCAAAUUGCAAGAGCACCCAUUAGAAUUCUAUGCAAGGCAAGGGAUUUCUAUGUUAAAGGAAUGUUAGAUUUAUCUAACAGUGGAAAGGUUGGCUAUGGAACCGCAGGCAGUGGAGCCUCUCAAUUGCCUAAGAGUUUUAGUGUUAAUUCUUCUAAGGCAAUGAACGAUGAAGAGUUUAAGCAACUUCUGCAAUUGUUUUCUUGCAAGCAAGAUGAUUUUUGUGGGAUGAAAAGGAGUUAUACUGUUCGGGUAGGAAAGAUCGGGAGAAUUGAUGAGGAUAGACCAUGUUCUUUCAGAGAAGAUGAUAAUGAUGGGGUGGUUAGUUUGUAUCCCAGAAGCAGAAGUCAUGCUGUUGGAAGGAAAGUAUUUUAUUCCUGAACAAUGGAUUUUAGAUAGUGUGAUUCAAUGAUAGAUUGUUUAGGAGUUAAAUUAAUCUUAAAUUUUAGUGGAUUAUUUUAAUAUUUUUUUAGAAAUCUGAAAUUGUAAAGUAGUACAUCAGAAUUAAUUCUGCUCUAAAAUUUGAACACUUAAAGUUAUUUAUUUAUUUAU